UCUUACUUGAGCCAGCAUUAAUGAAAACAUGUCCACCCCAUAUCUUCCCAAAUUUUUCAGCUUCCUGCAGGGAAAGAUGCAUUUCUUGAAGAAACACAAUAUCAUAUUUCUUACGUUUAAGAAGAGAAAUAACCUUGCUUUUUAUGGGGUGCCCCAGCCCAUUCACAUUCCACGUGGAGAGAGACAAUCCACUCAUAUUAACAUUUGACAUUUUGACAUAUUAGAAAAAAUAGAUUGUGUCAAAAAUAAAAUUAUAAAGACCACAUUCCAACAUUAGUGCAUCAAUCAAUCCCCAAACUUCCCCCCGAACCAAACAAACAAAUAGAAAAAAGAAAAACGUGCGCAUUAACCCCACGCACGACAGCGCCAACUGGCGUCCUUCCCUCUAAUCUCAAAUAGUCCAUGUACGCCUACGAGAGCCCCCUCGACAACUUUGCCAUUGGAUUGCACAAGUCCGGUGUUUCUAUACCAAUUUUGUGAGACAGAAUUACACAACAGAAGAUAAUCUAUAAAACAAACUCCAGCCAAUAGGAGGAACCAGCACAAAAAAACAAAACAAAAAACAAGGCACUCCAUGUCCUCGGACAGUCAAAUUAAUAUUCAGUGAGCCGGCCCAUUCGACUGCAACAUAAGUGCAACAAAUGACCUAAUCACUCCAAUGUCUUGCAAGAAAUACUCCACAAAACAAACUCCAACCGAUAGGAGGCAUAAGCACAAAGAACGUGCAGACUCAUCCACAACACUGUCCCGAAGGAGUGUUACUCCCCAAAACAAACUCUAGCCGCUUGGUGGGACCAGCACAAAAAGAAACAAAAAAUGCUCUCAGUUUCCUCAGAUGGUCAAGUAAACAUUCAGUGAGUCACAUUUGGCUGCAACGUCUGUACCACAAAAUAACUUCCAUUGAUGUAAGUGUUUCUUGCAUUCCUUGAAUCGAUCAUGUUUCUCUUUUGUCGAAUCCGCAAAGUCUGGGAACAAGGAAAUGCUGUGAUUCUUCCAAGAAAGCCUUCCUUUGUUCCUCGCCUCGCGUAACAUGAGAUCUUUAUCGGAUGAUCUCAGAAAUCCCAGAUGCACUCCAAAUCCACCUUGGUCGCUAGCGGAUUAGCAGCUAAUUCCCUCUCCGAUGACUCCAGAUAAUCAAUCCAUUUCUCGACAUCCCCCACUCUUGUAACCACCCCAGUAAAAUUUGUCUCCAUGACAGUGAUCGGUCGACGUAUUACAGCGAGAUCCUCCAAGUCAGAAAUGACCUUCGUCAGCAUUGCUGACAUGUUCAACAAUUUUCGUCGAAUUUCUCUCACUUCUGCAUCCAAAUCGGCUCCCGGGCUUGCGGCCUGCUCGGGGGCGUCAGCUUGAGCAUGUAAGUGUCUUUUAAUGUCUCCAGAGCCCGAGAAUUUUGAAUUCUUUGACAUGUUGUCUUCCUAGAACAGUUAAGGAUCAGGGUGUAUCGAAUCUCACUGGUUUAUGAUAUAGAAAAGUAUUAAAACUAGCAGAGUUCACCGUUCACACACCCGAACCUCGCAUGGCGUCAUGUGACUCCGCCCCCCCCCCCCAAACACCUAAAUUAUUAUGAAUUUUGAUAAUUUAACACUAGAGGACAAUGCCUGAGUAAAAAAAAAAAAAAAAAAAAAAAAAAAACUUCAAAUAAAUGGCAAGAAGGCACUGUUGUUUACAGUGGAAAAUUAAUUUUUCGGACAUCAAAUUUUUUAUUUCCUUGAUUAUUUUAUAGGCCUAAUAUACAACAUUGUGAUAGAAUUUUAAAUUCUCAAGUAAUUAUUCAAGACAAAGGAACAGUUAUUACUGAAAGAAGAACAAAUAAACAAAUGAAGAAAACUGUGCUUAAAGUUUCUAAAAGCAAUAUCAAACAUUACAGUAAAAUUAAGGAAAACAAAAACUACAGAGAUGAUAAUUAUUGUGUGUAUGGUUUCUUGUACAAUACACUUUGAAAGACUGAAUUUGUGUGUGUGUGCCAAUAAACUUAAAAUUGCAACAGAAUUUUUAUUUUUUUGCUUAUUUUAUGACAUAGACAAGGACUCGUAACUCGGACUUGUAUGCAGAUAUUGGCAACUUGACUUGGACACAUAUUGGUGACUUGGACUCGUACUUGAGCAGUGAGGACUCCGACUCGACUCGGACUUGAGAUCUAGUGACUUGACUACAACACUGGUUGACGACAUGCCAGGAGACAUGUUGCAACAUGGAGAUUUAAGGCUCCUCCAUGUCGUCUAGCAGUCCUCUUGCUUUCCCAGCUGUCGCAAGCCGGAAACGAGUUUGCGGUAUGAUUCUGGUCACUUCAUUGCCUGUCUUGCUGUUGUUAGCAACGUGCCUCAAGACUGCCAUGUUGCGGGGCCUGGGAAGCUCAGCAAGUAAAGACACUGACUACCACAUAUGGAGUCACAGGUUCGAAUCCAGGGCAUGCUGAGUGACUCCAGUCAGGCUUCCUAAGCAACCAAUUGGCCCGGUUGCUAGGGUGGGUAGAGUCACAUUGGGUUAACCUCCUCUUGGUCACUAUAAUGUGGUUCUCGCUCUCAGUGGGGCACAUGGUGAGCUGCUCUGUGAAGUGCCGCGCACAGACUGUAAACAUCUCAUCUGGAACUGAUCUUUAAUAUCUGAUCCACUGAGAUGGAUGGACGCAGUGAAGAUGAAAGUGUCAGCAACAGCAGUGGAAAGUCCAGUAACUCAGAUGAUGAGUCUGAUUCAGGAUCGGGCUCUGGCUCCAGCUCAAGCAGUAGCAGCUCCAGCAGUAGCCAAUCAGAGAGCAGUGACUCAGGAAGUGGCUCAGAUUCCUGUAGCCAAUCAGAUUCUGACUCUGAGAAGUCCAAGAAAAAGGAUGAUCAGGACAACAGAAUUGAUGGAGCAGCGUUUUGGAAGUCCAACCCCAGUAUCUUGACAGUGCAAAGGUCAGCCAUGCUCAGGAAACAGCUACAACAACAGCAGCUCCAGCAGCAGAGCUCCUCAAGCAGCGACUUAGAUGAGGACUCUUCCAGUAGUGAUGACUCGGACGAUGACUCCAAAAGCAAGAGUAAAGGAUCUGGAUCCGACUCCAAUUCAGGUUCGGACUCUGGCUCUGGUUUCGGAAGUGGCUCCUCAGGCUCCCCUGCAGAGGAAGAGAACAGGGACGAGUCCGUGUCAGACUAUGAGCCUAGUCACAAAGUCAAGAGCAGAAAACCUCCAAACAAGGCCAGUGCUAGGAAUGGGAAGAAGAGCAAAGCUCCAAAGAAGAAGCCCUUCCUAUCCUCCGCAGAUGAAGAGGAUGAUUAUAAGAAGGUUCAAGCAGGACCUCGGCGGCAGGCCACCGUCAAUGUGAGCUACAAAGAAGAUGAGGAGCUGAAGACUGAUUCAGAUGAUCUGGUGGAGGUCUGUGGAGAGGAUGUCCCGCCACUAGAGGACGACGAGUUUGAGACCCUGGAAAGAGUGACGGAAGUGAGAAUGGGACGGAAAGGAGCAACAGGGGCUGUGACCACAGUUUAUGCUGUAGAGGCAGAUGGAGACCCCAACGCCAACUUUGACCCUAACAGGCAGCCAGGAGAGGUGCAAUACUUGAUCAAAUGGAAGAAUUGGUCCCACAUUCACAACACCUGGGAAACAGAGGAGACUCUCAAACAACAGAAUGUGAAGGGCAUGAAGAAACUGGACAACUUCAUGAAGAAAGAGCAGGAGAAGAAGAAAUGGCUCAAAACUGCUUCACCUGAGGAUGUGGAAUACUUAAACUGUCAGCAGGAGCUCAUGGAUGAUCUGCAUUCACAGUAUCAAAUUGUGGAACGAAUCAUUGGACAUUCAAAUCAGAAGUCGGCUGCAGGUUAUCCAGACUACCUGUGUAAAUGGCAGGGGCUGCCAUACUCUGAAUGCAGCUGGGAAGACGGAGCUCUCAUUGCCAGAAAGUUUCAGAAGUGCAUUGAUGAAUACAUGAGCCGGAACCAGUGCAAAACCAUCCCCUCCAGGGACUGCAAGGUUUUAAAACAGAGACCACGGUUUGUGCCCAUGAAGAAGCAGCCUCACUAUAUUGGUGCAGACGGCCUAGAACUGCGGGAUUAUCAGUUGGACAGUCUGAACUGGAUGGCCCAUUCUUGGUGCAAAGGGAACAGUUGUAUCCUAGCAGAUGAGAUGGGUCUAGGCAAAACUAUCCAGACUAUCAGCUUCCUCAAUUACCUGUUCCAUGAGCACCAGCUGUAUGGGCCCUUCCUGCUGGUGGUGCCUCUGUCCACCCUCACAUCAUGGCAGAGGGAGAUCCAGUUGUGGGCCCCUCUGAUGAACGUUGUUGUCUACCUGGGUGACAUCAACAGCAGAAACAUGAUCCGGACACAUGAAUGGAUGCAUCUGCAAACCAAGCGGCUUAAAUUCAACAUCCUGCUUACUACAUAUGAAAUUCUGCUGAAGGAUAAGUCAUUUUUAGGAAACGUAAGCUGGGCAAUCAUUGGUGUGGAUGAAGCCCAUCGGCUCAAGAACGACGACUCACUCCUCUAUAAGACCAUGAUAGAGUUCAAGUCUAACCACAGACUCCUGAUCACUGGCACACCCCUGCAGAACUCACUCAAAGAGCUCUGGUCUUUACUGCAUUUCAUCAUGCCUGAGAAGUUUCAUUCGUGGGAGCUAUUUGAAGAGGAACAUGGGAAAGGAAGAGACUCUGGUUACACCAGCCUUCACAAAGAGCUAGAGCCCUUCCUGCUGCGCAGGGUAAAGAAGGAUGUGGAGAAAUCUCUGCCUGCCAAGGUGGAGCAGAUCCUCAGGGUGGAGAUGAGCGCCAUUCAGAAACAAUACUACAAGUGGAUAUUGACAAGGAACUAUAAAGCCCUGAGUAAAGGAACUAAAGGAAGCACGUCGGGCUUUCUCAACAUCAUGAUGGAGCUGAAGAAAUGCUGUAACCACUGCUACCUCAUUAAACCACCCGAGGAAAAUGAGUUCUACAACAAACAAGAAGGCCUACAGCAUUUGAUUCGCAGCAGUGGAAAGCUGAUUCUCCUCGAUAAGCUGCUCGUGCGGCUGAAGGAACGAGGCCACCGCGUGCUCAUCUUCUCCCAGAUGGUCAGGAUGCUGGACAUCCUGGCCGAGUACCUGAAGUACCGUCAGUUCUUAUUCCAGAGACUGGACGGUUCCAUAAAGGGUGAGAUGAGGAAGCAAGCAUUAGAUCACUUCAAUGCAGAUGGCUCAGAGGAUUUUUGCUUCCUGUUGUCCACUCGAGCAGGUGGUCUUGGCAUUAAUUUGGCCUCUGCAGAUACAGUGGUCAUUUUUGACUCAGACUGGAACCCACAGAAUGACCUGCAGGCACAGGCCAGAGCUCAUAGGAUUGGACAGAAAAAACAGGUGAAUAUAUAUCGUCUGGUGACAAAGGGAUCAGUAGAGGAGGAAAUUAUUGAAAGAGCCAAAAAGAAGAUGGUGUUGGACCACCUUGUGAUUCAGAGGAUGGACACCACUGGGAAGACGGUCCUUCAUACGGGUUCAGCGCCUUCCAGUUCCACUCCAUUCAACAAGGAGGAGCUGUCGGCCAUUUUAAAGUUUGGUGCUGAAGAACUGUUCAAAGAGCAGGAAGGAGAAGAGCAAGAACCUCAGGAGAUGGAUAUUGAUGAAAUCCUGAAGAGAGCGGAGACCAGGGAGAAUGACCCUGCACCAUCAACUGUGGGAGAGGAACUCCUGUCACAGUUCAAGGUGGCAAACUUCUCCAUGAUGGAUGACGAGGAGAUUGAUAUGGACACGGAUAGAAGUGAUAAGAACUGGGAUGAUAUUAUCCCAGAGGAGCAGCGAAGGAGACUUGAGGAAGAGGAGCGACAGAAGGAACUAGCAGAGAUUUAUUUACUUCCCCGCAUGAGGAAAUGUGCUAAACAGAUCAACUUUAAUGGAAACGAGGGCAGACGCAGCCGGAACAGGCGAUACUCUGGUUCAGACAGCGAUUCUGUCUCGGACAGGAAACGGCCUAAGAAACGAGGAAGACCUCGAACCAUUCCAAGAGAGAACAUUAAGGGCUUCACUGAUGCUGAGAUACGAAGAUUUAUUAAGAGUUACAAAAAAUUUGGUGGUCCUUUAGAAAGGCUUGAUGCUAUCGCGCGAGAUGCUGAGCUGGUGGAUAAAUCGGAACAUGAUUUGCGGCGGCUGGCUGAGACAGUACACAAUGGUUGUCUGAAGACCCUGAGGGAGAACCCAUGCGGACCUGAGAAAACCUCAGGAGGCAGACGAGGGAAGGUAAAAGGACCCACCUUCAGGAUCUCAGGGGUCCAGGUCAAUGCUAAACUGGUGAUUUCUCAUGAGGAGGAGCUUGCAUCAUUACACAAGGCCAUUCCUGCAGACCCUGAGGAGAGGAAGAGGUAUAUAAUCCCAUGCCACUCAAAGGCAGCUCAUUUUGACAUUGAGUGGGGUAAAGAGGACGAUUCCAGCCUGCUCAUCGGUAUCUAUGAGUAUGGAUACGGUAGUUGGGAAAUGAUCAAGAUGGACCCAGACCUCAACCUCACACAUAAGCUCCUACCAGAUGAUCCUGACAAGAAGCCACAAGCUAAACAGCUGCAGACUAGAGCUGACUACCUCAUAAAAUUACUGAGCAAAGACCUGGCCAAGAAGGAAGCACAGAAACAAGCCGGCACAGUAAAUUCAUGGAAGAGGAAACCGCGAGGCAAGAAGAAUAAAGCUGUGAAACCAAAGGUGGAUGAGAUGACGAACAGUCUGUCCUCAUUGCCUCCAUCAGAUAAGAGCUCUGAAGAUGAAGAUGAGAAAGAGGAAGAAGAAAAGGAAACACCUCCUGUGAAGCCGCCCAACAGAAAGGAGCGGGCCACAGAACGGGUAGUAGAGGAGGAAGAGGAGUCUGAGGAGGUGCCGCCUGUGGUAAAAGAGCUGGAAGAGGAGGAGAUAAUGGAGAAGAUGGUGAAAAAAGAUAUCAAAAAGGAGAAAAAUGAGGAGAGCCAUGACAGCAAAGACAGAGAACCAAAAGAGAAAAAGGAAAUCAAGCUGGAGCCUGUGCACAGAGGGGAAGAGUCUCCUGCAGAGAAGGCUGUGGAGGUGAAAACAGAAGCGUGGGAAAAGAACGCUGAUACUCCUGUGCACACACUGGCAGGAGGAGAGUGUAUACCAGCUUCUGAGGAGACUGAAGAACUGGAUCAGAAGACCUUCAGUGUGUGUAAGGAGCGCAUGAGGCCUGUGAAGGCAGCGCUGAAGCAGUUGGAUCGUCCAGAGAAGGGUCUGUCCGAGCGAGAGCAGCUGGAACACACACGUCAAUGCCUGAUCAAAAUAGGCGACCACAUCACAGAGUGUCUCCGAGAAUACACCAACCCUGAGCAGAUCAAACAGUGGAGGAAGAAUCUUUGGAUAUUUGUUUCCAAAUUCACUGAAUUUGAUGCAAGGAAACUGCAUAAACUGUAUAAACAUGCAAUCAAGAAAAGACAAGAAAAUGCUCAGGCAGUGGAGCAGAACAUUAGCACUGUAUAUACACAAAGCUUAAAACACACAGAUAUCGAGCGGAUGAAGGAAUUGCAGCAGGACGACAGCAGCAGAGACAGCUACAGCUCAGACAGACACCACUCAUCAUCUCGCUACCACGAACACAGCAAAGAACGCCACCCCAGUGAUUCGUACAGGAAGAGCUCAGACUCCAGGAAGAGACCCUACCCCUCCUUCAGCAAUGGCAAAGACCACAGACAGCGAGAGAGAGAUCACUACAGAGAGAGAGGAGAGCGACAGGACAGCAGAUACUUUAGCGACAACAAGCACAGGAAGCUUGACCACCAAUCAGACAGCAACUCCAAGGACAGGAUGCACUCCGAACACCGCUCCCACUCUGAGCACCACCCUGGCUCUGACUACACACACCACAAAUCUUCCCGAGACUAUCGUUACCAUUCAGACUGGCAGAUGGAGCACCGGGUGUCAGGGAGCGGCCCCCGAGACCAGCAAUCGCCAUACGACUCUCGCUCGCCACUUGGACACCGGUCACCCUUUGAGUACUCAUCCGACCACAAAAGCACACCCGAACAGGUCUGGAGCAGCCGCAAGACAUAACACGCUCUGUUCGGCUUUCCUCCAAUUAGCCAUAGACACAAAACACACAGGAAAUGCCUUAGGGGACUGUCGACCGCUGCACUGGGGCUCCGGGAAUGCCGCCCUCUCCUCCUCACUGGGGAGGAAACACAAAAUGCAUAUUUUUGUAUUUAAAAGUCAGACACAUCAUUUCUUUGGUGCUGCUGAGUAAUUUUUCUUUUUUUAUUAUAAAUUGACUACUUUUUUUUUUUUUUACUUGGAAGCAGAUGAAUCCAUGUUACACUAUCAUGUGUGACAGUGGAUCCAGGCAUUGACAUCAUACACCCAUAAAUAAACACAUGAUGCGGCUUAUUUAAGAAGUUUUGAGUGGAAGGAUGCUAGCUAUCGUCUUUAUCAUGCUAGAGGAUGCAAAGGGUUUCUGUUUUGAAGGACUGGAGUUCACCUUCCAAAGUACCUCGUUUACAUUGUUUUGUGACCACCUUGCCCAUUUUUAUCUGUCAUUUUUCUUUCCAUCAUGCUUGAAUUAUUUAAAUCUGUCUCGGCUGUAAAGUAAUCUGGACCUUUUAGUGCACAUAAAAAAAUGUCACUCACAUUGUACUACUGUAAAUUAUUGUAUAAAGUAAACCAAAUGGGCUUUUCUCAGGCUUUUUUUUUUUUUUUUUUUUUUUUUACUAUUUCCCUAUCAACUCAGGCUUGUUAAAAAAAAUCUAAAUAGUUCUGAAUCAUAAGCAAUUGGGAAAAUAUUCCACAUGUGUACUAUGUAGGAACAUUUUGUUUGUAGUCUCUUUUUUUGGGGGGGGGGGGUUACUAUAGAGCCUCACUGCAUCGUGUAAAAAAAUAAAUAAAUAAACCAAAUCAAAAAGGACACGAAGGGGUCCAUUAGCUAGAUAAAUUAUGAGCUCACAUUAGAACAUUUCCAUGAUGAUAUUUCCUAUUGUUUUAUAUAAAUGUUGGCAAUAAUGUAAAAUUUUCUGUGCGGCAUAAAUGCAUUUCUGGUGACUGACCUGAGUAAGUCAGAAUGCUGUUACAGGACACACUGAUGUAUAUAGAUUGUUUCAAUUUUACACUGAAAAUGCAUGGGUUUUUAAAGUAAUUGUUUUAUAUAAUGGUUUAUAAAGUAAUUAAAAUCAAAUCGUUUUAACCUUGUUUACAUAAAUUACCAUGAUUCUGGGCCACCAAACAUAUUGCACAAAGAAACAUUGAAACUGUUCUGAAUAUACCCUUCAUCUGCUAUUGGUUGAACUAACAGAUAGUCCCGCCCCCAACUCACACCAUUAGUUGAGUCAAUGUGGUUGUUUUGUUUAGAGCAACUAGUCAGCCUAGAGGAAUUUUUAUAGUGUCACAGAGACAGUUUACAGUUUUUGGUUAAAUUAACUUACAAAUGGCUUAUAGUUGUCUCUGCAUAUUAAGCUUGGAUAGGAGAAAGCAUUUUAAAACUUAAAAAGUUACAGACUUCAGCUUUAAAACAGCUUGAGGGAUGUGGUGAGAACUGAGUAUCAUGCCCAUGUUUCUUUCAAUAGUUUGUGUUUAAUAGUUUUUGUUGUUGUUGUUUUUAUUUUUUUAUUUGCUAACAGUUCUCAUGAUUGUCUGAUGACAUUUUCUGAAAAAAUUAAAUUUUGUUCUCACACAAAUACAAAUUGGUUACAUGACCAAUGACUGUAAGAUGCAAGACAUUUUAGUAAAUGUUAUUUGUAUAACCAAUCACUAAUAAUCAGCAAAAGGCGUGUCUACAAGAAAAAUUUGAAAUGUUUAUAGAGACUGAAUCAGUUGUUACUAGAUAUUUGUAACAUUAUACAUGCCUUUCUUGCUUGCUUGUUAUUAGCUUAACUUGAAAAUGUCAGCUCUGAAACUAUCUGAUGUAAUAUAAUAUGUCUGGCACUAGUUUAAAGACAGGCAAACAGAGUACAACUAAGCCAACAUCCAGUUAAAAAAAAUAAAAUAAACACACACACAAAGGCAACAUUUAUUCAGGCAAACAACGUCCUGU